UUGGCAAUACUGUACCCAACAGCUGGCUAUACUUUUCAGGUGAUCAGAUACAGUUUGUUUGACAUUGAUACUGUUUGUUUUCGCUAUGUGAUAUUUCUCUGAUGGAGAUGGAUUGUGUUUUCAAAGAUAUCACAUUGGAGGAGGCUCUUCUCAUUCUGGAAGAAGAUGAAGAUAUAAAUUUUGAUGGAAUCUUCAUUGAACCACCUGAAGCUGUAGUUUUGACGGAUGAAGACUCUGCUGAAGAAGAUGAAAGCGGACUUGUUGACAACUUGAGUGGACGGCAACUUAGAUCUGGGGCUGAAAUAUUCUCUCAAAAUGAGAAUGUGGAUCUUUCUGUAAGUAAUUUGCAUGAAAAUAAUGAAGAGGAGGGAGAUGACAUUCCUGAAAAUGCUCCACCAAAAAAGAAAAAGUGUGAAAAAAAUAGUAUAAAAAAGAAAUCUAGAAAUCCAUGUACUUGGGUAAAACAUGAUUUAACUGCUGAAAAUGUGCUUCUCCCAAAUAGUGACUAUACUGCUUUUCGUGCCCUCAACCCAGUUGAAGCAUUUGAAUUAUUCUUCAAUGAACAGAUUAUUGAAACAAUAAUACUUGAGUCAACCAAAUAUGCCUUGUUCAAAAAUGAGCCAGAUCCACUUUUGAGUCCAGAAGAAAUCGAAGUGUUUAUUGGUAUACUAAUUGUGACUGGUUAUAAUACCCUCUCUGGGAAAAGGUAUUACUGGGAAAAUGGUGCUGAUGUUAGAAAUAAUCUUGUUUACAAUUCAAUGAGAAGAGACAGAUUUAUUCAAAUCAUGAAAUAUUUGCAUUUAGCUGACAACAACUUUCCAAAUCUUCAGGACAAAAUGUGGAAGCUUAGGCCCUUUAUGAAUCUACUGCAAGAAAAGUUUCAUGAGCAAUUUAGGCCUGAACAACAUUUAGAUUUUGAUGAGAGUAUGAUACCAUACUAUGGAAAGCACUCCUGUAAACAAUUCAUACGGGGAAAGCCCAUCAGGUUUGGCUAUAAAGCUUGGUGUGUGAACACUGUCGAUGGCUAUCUAGUAUCUUUUGAUAUAUAUCAAGGCAAACAAAUGUCAGCAAACACUCAGUAUGAAGCUGACUUUGGAAAAGCAGCGUCUCCUUUGGUGAUGAUGAUAGACAAGUUGCCUGAUAAUGUGAAAUGUCUUCCACUAAGGUUCUAUUUUGAUAACCUAUUUACAAGUUUCAAUUUGUUAUCUCAUUUGAAGGAAAGAGGCUAUGAGGCAACCGGGACUGUAAGAGAAAAUCGACUACCUAGAGAUUGUGCAAUUCCCUCAUCCAAAGACUUGAAGAGAAAAAAGCGAGGAACACUUGAGUUUGCUAAGAGUGAAGAAGAAAGUAUUUUAGUUGCUCGUUGGGUUGAUAAUGCUGUAGUCACUGUGGCUUCAACUUGCUAUGGUAUCAACCCUAUACAAAAUGUCCAACGAUACUGUCGAGAAGAAAAAAAGAAAAUGAAUGUACCUCGCCCUCAUCUCAUUGGAGAAUAUAACAAGUACAUGGGUGGCACUGAUAGAAUGGAUGAGAAUCUCUCCCUUUAUCGCAUUGGAGUUCGAGGAAAGAAAUGGUGGUGGCCCAUAUUCACUUGGCUGAUUGAUGCCACUAUUCACAAUGCUUGGCUAACAUAUAAAAACGCUGGGAAUGAUAUGCGACAGCUUCAGUUCCGGAGAGAAAUAGCUCAGACCUACCUUGAACUGUAUAAGAAACCUCCACAGACAGAAUUUGAUUUGGACGAGAGUGGCGAAGGGUUUUUAUAUUCCAACGUUAACAGCUAA